UUUCCGGAAUUACAAUUUUGCAUUGCAUGCGACCCAUAUGAUGAUGCAAUCUUGUGAUUUGUAGCCUUUAUAAAGCAGAUAGAAAGGUUAUAUCCACAACGAUUUUAUUUCAUACGAUGGCAGAAGAAGCAGUGGCAAAAAUGGAAGGCGUAAGCUUAGGCGAGUUAUACACAUCUGAAAAGCGAGGAUCCGACGAGAAUGGUGAUGGCACAGAACAAAACCCUUUCAAAACUGUCAUACAGGCUAUGCGACAUGCAGGAAAGGAACCAUUUCCAAACAUUUUGGUUGAUGCUAAGGAAGAAGGAAAGGUAUGGGAACCAGUUGCAAAAGCACAGUUGAAGAAGCAGCAGAAAAUUUGGCAGAGAGAAAAGAACAAGAGUUCAGAAAAGGAGAAGAAAGAGGCAGAGGAUGCAGAAAAGCGAGAGAAAAACUUAGAGGAGGCCAAAAAGAUUGUGAUAACUGAAGAUGCCAGUCUCCCAGCAGCUAAACAGAUUAAGAUAAGAGAUUCUGUGGCUAACCGAGAUGUACGUGUGAAGGUUUAUGGCUGGGUGCACAGGAUGAGGAGACAAGGGAAAAACAUGAUGUUCGUUGUUCUGAGAGAUGGUACAGGAUUUUUACAGUGUCUUUUGUCUGAUAAACUGUGUCAUACAUAUGACGCCCUGCUGUUAUCUACCGAGGCGGCUAUUUGUGUCUACGGUAAAAUCUCGGUUGUUCCUGAAGGGAAAACUGCCCCUGAUGGACAUGAAUUGAAUGCAGAUUUUUGGGAAUUGAUUGGGGCAUCUCCUCCAGGAGGAGCUGAAAAUGUUCUCAACGAGGAUGCCAAUGUAGACGUCCAGCUUGACAACCGCCAUAUGAUGGUGAGAGGAGAGAACACCUCCAAAGUGUUGAUGAUGAGAUCAGUCGUGAUGCAGUGCUUCAGGGACCACUACUUCAACAGGGGAUACUAUGAGGUGACGCCGCCAACCCUUGUGCAAACACAAGUAGAAGGUGGUUCGACGUUGUUCAAACUGGAUUAUUUCGGAGAUAUGGCAUAUCUGACUCAGUCAUCACAGCUGUACCUGGAGACGGUAAUACCCUCCAUGGGGGAUGUGUUCUGUAUAGCUCAGUCAUACAGGGCCGAACAGUCUCGCACAAGGAGGCAUCUAGCAGAGUACACACAUAUUGAGGGUGAGUGCCCUUUCAUCACAUUUGACGAUCUGUUGGACCGACUAGAGGAUCUUGUUUGUGAUGUCGUAGAUCGAGUUCUCAAGUCUCCCUAUGGCAAGGUUGUCAUGGAACUCCACCCUGAAUUCAAACCACCGAAGAGGCCAUUUAAGAGAAUGCCUUAUAGUGAGGCCAUAGAGUUUCUUCGUGCCAACGAUAUCAAGAAAGAUGACGGCACAUACUACGAGUUUGGAGAGGAUAUCCCCGAGGCUCCCGAGAGGAAGAUGACAGAUAUGAUUAACGAACCCAUACUGCUGUGUAAAUUUCCAACAAACAUCAAGUCUUUCUACAUGCAGCCCUGCUCUGAUGACCCCAGACUGACCGAGUCUGUGGACGUGUUGAUGCCCAAUGUCGGAGAAAUUGUUGGAGGGUCCAUGAGGAUGUGGAAACACGAGCAGCUGAUGGAAGGGUUCAAGAGAGAGGGGAUUGAUCCAACCAACUAUUACUGGUAUACUGAUCAGCGAAAGUUCGGCUCCUGUCCUCAUGGAGGGUAUGGCCUGGGACUUGAAAGGUUCCUGUGCUGGCUUCUCAACCGCCAUCACAUCAGAGAGGUCGUCCUAUAUCCUAGAUUUGUGGAGAGGUGUAGACCGUGAAGGGACCACAACAGGAAUAAAUUAUUUAACACAAAGUGCACAAUAUUUAUCAGCAGACCACAUUGGUGGCGGACAUGUAUUUGCCAUGUUUUCUCUUGCUUUUCAUGUUUCAGAUGUAAACACUUAUAUUGAAAUGCUGGAUGAUUAGAACUUUUUUUACAACCGAAAAUGAAGUUUGAGAGAUUGUAUCGCUUUGUAAAACCCUAUAUACAAAAUGUCUUCAUACAUCUGUAGGAAACACAAUGAGUGAAAUGUCGCCCUUUAGAAGAGAGAAUAAUUAGCAGUGAAGCUGGAGAUUUUAUUAAUGGUUUUCCUCAAUUUUCCUUCUCAACACUAAUGAAACAGAAUACUUUGUAUGAUCUUGAGUUUUGUUGUAUAUUGCGUGAAUUUAAAAGACUAGAUAUUGAAGUAUGACUGUACGUACAUUAUAUUAAUGUAACAUUUGAUAUUUGUUGCCCGUGUGUUCAACAAGCAACAUUUGAAUGUUCUCUGUUGAUACAAAGCUAUUGGAAGUGAAUAAAGUAACAAUUUACAUCUAAGGUUGAUUGCUCUAGUCAUAUUGUGUCUGAUGAAUUUAUUUUUGGACCAGUCUUAAUGGCAAUUUUACCGAAUAACAUUCAGCCAGUUUUUGCUUUUACCUCUUCCUCAGUGAUAUACCACCGAAAGGUGCCAUAAACUGUUCCCAUCAAACUAUCGGUACUUGGCAUCUAACACAUCGUAUUCUUAACCAAUCAAUUUAAUACUAUAGGGCAAAUAUCUUAUAUUAGAUCAAGAAAAAUAAUUUAACAAUAAGAAAUUAAAUUUUUUUCAAUGUUUGAAAAAAAUGUGUUGUAAAUUUAUAAUACCUGCAUCUAGUCAGGAUGUCUUGUUGUUCCAGUGAGGAAUUGAAAUGAACUAGUACACAUUCACUAUCAGUUUGAAUUGUGUGGAAAUGAAAAAAGCAGAUACUUUAUAAUUAUUAUAAUUAUAAUUUAUAAUUAGGCGGUGAGGCACAUAUAAUUUAACAUCUGUAUUUCAGUGUAAGGCUUGAUAUUCUCUACAGCCAUUAAACAAAUAUGUUCAGUAUGAAUUGUGGCCCAUAAUUUGAUUACAUUAGUACUCCUCAGGUAUGACCUGCCUUUUACAACCCAGGCUUAAUGAAAGUUACAUUUUGAAAUAAUUUGAAUAGCGUAUUGGACAAGAAUUAAUGAGAUUACUCCUGUUUUAUUCAUUUUUAGUCACAAAUUGAUAAGAUGUCUGCUAAUAAAUAAAAUCAGAUUAUUGAGCAAU